CAUUAACUUUCAAUGACUCGAAUUCUCACAGACUCUCCAAAAUGAGCGACAACCCUGUUAAAGAAGAGGUGCAGCAGUUUGACAAGAGAUGCCUAAAGAAGACGAACACGGCGGAGAAGAACACUCUGCCCACUAAAGCAGGUGAGCGGGUUUGGCAGCCUCUCCCUCAUGAUUCAUUGUUCCCAGCUCACCCUUGCACAGUCUUGUGCUGAUCUGACACGGCAAAGCAAACACACACUCACUCACACACACACACACA